AGGUUUAGCUAGCAGCAACAUAAACAAGAGAAACAUUUGAAGAAAUAAAAUUUCUUACACAUUGUUUGAUCAAAUCUAUUAAAAAGAAAAGGUACUUGAUUCCGGAUUUUGUUCGAUUUGUUAACCUGUUAGUUUACCAGGGAUUUCUGGGGUCUUACUUCAGCACUACAAUGAAUCCAGAAAAGCAGUUGGACUUUUGACCUGACAGGAGCGAGUCUGAGGAGAUUCCUGCUCAGGCUCUCUGGACUGUCGAUGGCCCGUGUCCUUUCCCUGUUCCGGCCUCAGCCUGUUCUGGCUCUCGUGAGCAGGUACAAACCAGCCUCCUGCCAAAUGUCCAUGGACUCACGGGCACGGGACGUCUUCACGGCGGCGGUGGAGGCCGUGCAGCCUGACGCCGUGGUCCGGCAGAGCGUGGAACGCAAAGACGACUCUGUUCUCAUCAGUGGUCGCAAGUUCACUCUGAAACACAACCUGCAUUUGGUUGGUUUUGGGAAAGCGGUUCUGGGAAUGGCUGCUGAGGUGGAGAGGAUGAUGGGGGAUCAUUUAGUGGAUGGCGUGAUAAGCGUGCCUCACGGGAUUCAGCAGACGUUGCGGCAGCAUGGAAAAAGUCAUUUGCUGCCAAAAGAAAAUAGUAAGAUUCAAGUAAUGGAGGGAGCCAAGCACAACCUGCCUGAUGAGGACGCCCUGAGAGCAGCUGAGCAGAUCAAGCAGUUAGCCAAAGGACUGACAGAAAAAGACUUGCUGCUUGUUCUCAUUUCAGGUGGAGGCUCGGCGCUGUUACCUGCACCACUUCCACCAAUCCUGUUGCAAGAGAAGCUGGAUGUUACACGCAGACUUGCAGCUGCUGGAGCAACGAUCCAGGAACUCAACACUGUGCGCCGGGCACUUUCUGUGUUGAAAGGAGGAGGGCUCGCCAAGUAUGCUCACCCUGCACAGGUAGUCGCCCUGAUACUGUCCGACGUGAUCGGCGACCCUCUUGACUUGAUCGCCAGCGGCCCCACGGUGACGAGCGAGGUGUGGCCGGAGGAAAUCCUGUCCAUCCUCGAGCGCUACAAGCUGCUAAGCUGCAUUCCGGCGUCGGUGAAAGACGUCCUUCAGAAGCAGAGUCGUAAAGAGAAAGCUGAGGAAUGGGACGCAUCAGGACACGUUCUUAACGUUGUGAUUGGCUCCAACAGCACAGCUCUCGAGAGAGCGCGCCUUCGCGCUCGGGAUCUGGGCUUCCACCCUGUGGUGCUUUCGCCGGGCGUGUGCGGCGACGUCAGGGCCGUCUCCAGACUUUACGGCCUGCUGACCCGCUUUGCCUGCUCGCCCGAGGAGCCGCCCGCAGAGGUGGCCGCAGAGGUGCUGAGACUGGGGCCGGACGUCGGAGUGCAGAGCUGGGACCUGUGCCGCACUAUGCAGGAACUGGGGGAAAGACGCGCGGGGGGGUCGGGUACCACCUGCUUGUUAGCAGGAGGGGAGCCCACGGUGGAGCUGACGGGGAAAGGUCGAGGAGGUCGGAACCAGGAGCUGGCUCUGCGGUUGGGACUGGAGUGGAGGGGCCUGGCGCUCCCACCAAAUGGUCCCGUGUUUCUGAGCGGCGGCACUGAUGGUCAAGAUGGACCCACUGAGGCGGCGGGGGCCAUCACUGAUGCUGGUCUGUGUGCUGAAGCUCAAGCUCAGGGGCUGGACAUCCAUCAAUUCCUCACCAACAAUGAUUCCUACACUUUUUUUUCCCGCCUUUCGAGCGGAAAGCGUCUGCUAGUACCUGGAUUAACUUGUACAAAUGUUAUGGAUGUACAUGUGCUUCUGUUCCCAUCUGCCUCUAAUAUUAAUAAAGGGUAAUUUUGAAUAGAUAUAGAUGUAAUAAAAAGUUCUUUAUCAAAAUUUA